AACCGAGAGUCAACACUCUGAUACUGUAGACGUUCAUUGAACUUAAAAGCAAUUAUAGCAUGUGCGCACGAAAAAAGCGCAAAAAUGCUGGCCAGCUCCAACUCCAAAACAAGUAGAAAUGGCAAUGCCGUAGUUCAUCAAUAUUCUUCCAAAUCAACAAAUCAAUACCUCCAUAUCCAUAUCCAAAUUCCCAAGUGAUCAAAGGCAAAAAAAAAAAAAAAAAAAAAAAAAAAACAGAAAUGGGUGAUCAGGAUAGUAUCGGAAUCCGAACGAAUAUUCCGGUAAUUGAUAUGCAAAAGUUUCCAGAUUCCGGAGAGUACGAGAAACUGAAAGAGGCAUGCGAAGAAUGGGGUUGUUUCAGGAUUGUGAACCACAAGAUCCCCUUGACUCUGAUGUCGGAGAUGAAGACAGUGGUGAGAUCUCUCCUUGACCUUCCCAUGGAAAUCAAGAACCGCAACACCGAUGUGAUAGCAGGCAGCGGAUAUAUGGCACCUACCGCAGUCAACCCUCUUUACGAGGGUUUGGGUCUUUAUGAUUUGGGCUCACCUCUCGCUGUCCGUAACUUUUGUGCUCAAUUGGAUGCCUCUCCUCACCAAAAUGAGAUUAUAGGGACGUAUGCCAAAGCAGUGAAUGAUCUGGCCAUAGAUAUAGGGAGAAAGUUAACAGAAAGUGUGGGAUUGUUCCUGGAUUUGUUCAAGGAUUGGCCUUGUCAGUUCAGGAUAAACAAAUACAAUUUCACUCCUGAAUCUGUAGGCUCUUCUGGUGUGCAAAUACACACAGAUUCUGGAUUUCUGACCAUACUUCAGGACGAUGAAAAUGUUGGUGGGCUGGAAGUGAUGGACAAAUAUUCUGGUCAAUUUGUGCCAGUGGAUCCUUGGCCUGGCACCCUCCUCGUCAAUCUUGGAGACUUGGCUACGGUGUGGAGCAAUGGGAGGUUCUGCAAUGUGAAGCAUAGAGUCCAAUGUAAGGAAGCGAGUAUUCGAGUGUCAAUAGCUUCAUUCCUAUUGGGACCAAAGGGGGGAGCCAUUGAAGCACCUCAAGAAUUUGUGGACUCUGAACAUCCGCGUCUCUAUGUCCCUGUUACGUAUGAAGAUUACAGAAAAACCCGACUCUCCACGAAACUACAAGCUGGUGAAGCCCUUGAACGUAUACGCACCCCAUGUAAUUCCUGAAGGAACAAGCAAAAGUAUUGUUGUUGCCUUCGCGAAUCAUCAAUUAUUAGAUUAAUCCACAGUGCAGGGGAACGGUGGCAAGUAUAUUGUGUUUAAAUAAUACCACUACGCUACCUAGCUAACUGUUAAUAACAAUCGGUUGGAACAUAUUUACUCGGUAUAUAGUCAACUCUUCUCUC